GCGCAGCUAUGUGUGCUGGACAGCAUGAUCAUACGCUUCGGUGCGGUGCGCUCACAGCUCCUACACCGAGGAAGCAAAUCCUACGGUGUAUCCUGUCUUCUGUGAGGGCUGGAAUUGUGCGAACGAGGUUUCAAUCGACAUCGUGGACAAGUGUCAUGAUGGACGACGCUUCUAUGAAGAUGAACGCGCGAGACUUGGUGGAUGAUGUUGCGAUCCGGGAAGCAUGUGCGGCAGUACUCAAAUACUAUAAGGACGCCAACGUCGGCUGGAUCAUCUGUGGAUGGUACAAACCAGGCAUUGCGGCAGGGGCAGAAGUCGCGAAAAAGCCAAAGUUCCACGUAACGCACGUUCGGCCUGAACGCCUGCUUGCCGAAGCGCCUAAGUACAAAUGUCCUGUCAUGCCAGUGGCCGCAGCAGAACGGCUUCAACUAGCGUUCCCUCGGAUGGCAGCGGCCCAAGCACCUGCACCUGGACCUGCUGGUGCACCUGCUCGCGUGGAGAAUGUCGAUGUCUAAGUACAGAUUACAUACAUGCAUGUCAUCUGUUGUUAUAUACUGUUCA